AUGCACACUCAUCAAACAAAACAUUCAUUCUGCAUAUAACAAUUAUCAACAAGAUGAAGAUCCAUUUCUUCUUUCUUCUCUUGCUUUCCUCCUCCCUUUCUUCUUUCAGUUUAGCUCAGUUAACACCAGCCGCAGCCCCCAAGCCAGCUCCUAAACCCCCGGCCAAACCUGCACCAGCUGCUCCAGCGCCGGCUCCGGCAAAGCCGUUAGUGCCCAGUGGACCCCAGUCGGGAGAUUCCUCGGACGCUUCCAACGACGGCAUCAUUAAGAUCCUCAGGAAGGCCAAAAACUUCAAUUUCCUUAUCCGUCUUCUGAAAACUACCCAGUUGAUCAACCAAAUCAAUUCGCAGCUCAUAGCCACAAGAUCCGCCAGUGGCCUAACCAUUCUGGCUCCCGACGACAGUGCCUUCUCAGAACUCAAAGCCGGAUUCCUCAACUCUCUGGACGAUAACCAGAAGAUCGAACUCGUGCAGUUCCACGUUCUUCCCGUCUACAUUUCCAGCUCCAACUUCGACUCCCUCACCAACCCGGUCCGGACACUCGCCGGACUGAACCCGAGCAGGUUACAGCUGAACGUGACGGCUUAUGGGAACAUGGUGAAUAUUUCAACGGGGGUGGUUAAUACCACAAUUGCAGGCAUUGUUUACACUGAUAGGUCGCUGGCCAUAUAUCAUCUGAACAAAGUGUUGCUUCCACUGGAUUUCUUCAAGCCAAAGGCUCUGGCUCCGGCACCGUCGCUGGCACUGGCUAAAGCUCCGAAAGCUGAUAAGGAGAAUCCAUCUAUGGAUGGGGAUGAUGAUCAGACCGAGUCAGUGAAGAAGUCUGGGGCUAUUGGUCUUAAUGGCGGCCUUCUAGCAACGUUGGCUUCUUUCGGAGUUGCUUUGGCCGCGGCAGCAUUACCGACGUCGUAUUGAAGAAGAUGAACUACACCAUCUGCAACCUGUUUGUUAAUACUUGUUUUUUUCGGCCCACAAUUUUAUGAUAUGGUUUUGUUUGUUCUACUUUGCAAGAAUGGUUCCUAAUUAUCCAUUUUC